CGGUGAUAUGGUUCCUACGACAAUCGUCGGGAAAAUAAUAGGGGGUAUGUGUUCAUUAUGUGGGGUGCUCGUUAUAGCAUUACCUGUGCCUGUAAUUGUCUCAAACUUCAGCAGAAUUUAUCACCAAAGCCAGAGAACGGAUAAACGCAAAGCACAAAGAACGGCAAGAUUAGCAAGAAUAAAACUGGCCAAGAAUGCAAGUGGAACAGCGUUUGUAGCACGUAAGAAGGAAGCUGAACGCUUGGCCCAGAGUGGUUGUUCACAAGAAGAAAUGCAGAAUAAAGUUAGUUCAUAUGAAGCUCAGCAUCAUCAUUUAUUGGCAUGUCUAGAAAAUGCUACGAUUUUUGGUAACUCUACCGGACAUUUGGUACAAAAUGUCCGUGGCAAAGUUAAAGGUUAUGAAAUGACUGCCACCAGCAGAUCCCCAGCUAGCACAUGUGUACCGCAGAUGUUGCCGUGA